AUGACAAUGUUCGAAGAUCUUGGAUUUACUGCCAGGUAUAGCAUGAACAAACGAAAAGUACCGUACCAUAAUUGGUCACACGCGUUCUCGGUGGCGCAUUUCUGUUGGAUCAGUCUGCGAACUCCUGCAGUGCUGCAUGGGCUCGAUGAAUUGGAACGGUUAGCGCUGUUGAUCGCAUGCCUUUGUCACGACAUUGAUCAUCGGGGCACGACGAAUGCAUUUCAGUUGCAGUACCGUACCAUAAUUGGUCACACGCGUUCUCGGUGGCGCAUUUCUGUUGGAUCAAAAACUCCUCUGGCUCAAUUGUACAGCAGUGAGGGUAGUGUGUUGGAAAGGCAUCAUUACGCUCAGACAGUGCAGAUUCUAAAGAUGUCCGAGUGUAAUAUUCUGGAUCAGCUGACGCGAACGCAGUACCAAACGGUGCUGAGUCAUAUCCGAGACGUGAUCCUUGCCACGGAUAUCGCAGUACAUCUAGGCAAAGUCGGACGUAUCAAGGCAAUGGUUGAACAAGGUUAUGACCCCUUGUCGCGAGAUCAUCACUAUUUGUUUAUGUGUCUGUUGAUGACGUCGAGCGAUCUUUCAGAUCAGUCAAAAGACUUCCGUAACUCGAAGGCCAUUGCUGAAAACAUCUACCGCGAGUUCUUUUCACAAGGUGAUCUUGAAAAGCAGAUGGGUGCUAGUCCAAUGGAAAUGAUGGAUCGGGAUCGUGCCGCUGUACCCAAGAUCCAGCUUGACUUCAUGGAUACGGUUGCGCUGCCUGUAUUCGAGAUGGCGAUCAGUCUAGAGGUCAAGGCGUAG